UUUCGAUGCUGGCCGUUUUCAGUUCGUGUAAUGGCUUCGAAACAAAAUGAUAAAAUUAUACGUUUGGCUCAUGACGUUUCACGCUUUCUACGCAUACAGCCUAAAGGAUGAAUCGAUUUUGGCAACAUCGCAAACCAGAAAAAAUUUAAUUCGGCACUGUAUUUAUGAUUGUCUUGGUCUUGCCAACAAAGCGACUAACAAUAAGUCGUGCAAAUAUAAUUCAAGAACUGGCAUAGCUCCAUCUAGCAAGAAUUGCACAUCAGAGUUCAAACCUUUAAUAAAGAACAAAGUACUCACGUGCAAUGCCUUUGAUGGAUUAUUAUUAAAUCCGCAAGCUGCUUUGUGCGAUUAUGUUUUCUUUGGCGCGCCGAUCCUUUUCAAUAAAGCCACCAGUGACGUGACAGUAAUCGAGAAAAGCGUACCUGAUUUACAGGCUAAUAUUGACAGAGCAAAAGCAAUGGGCAUUUCUUGUGCGAUGGGAUUUGGCGAGUACAUGAGCAGUACCGGCAUUGUUGGCGAUACUUUGGACAAAAUUUCGCAAAAUGCAAACUUGACGAAAAAAUUUGUGAGUCAGUUGAGAGGUAUUGUGGACAGAUUCAAAUUGGAUGGCAUGAUGAUAAUGUGGAUGCUACCCUCUUGUCCGGCUGGUGUCUGUGGGAUGCAGAGUGCAAAAGACAAAAAUAAUGCAAGAGGGAAGCUCGUCGCCUUUUUCAAUGAACUGAACAACAGUAUGGAGGGGAAAAAGGUCUUUAUCUACCUCAUGUUGCACAUGCCAUCAGCGUACAGUUAUUUGGGCAACUACUUCAGUGAAAUAAUUAAAUGGGUAGAUUAUAUCAUUAUUGAAACUCACGAAUUACGGGAACCUAACGGAUUUACACAUUCCCCACGGAAACUGAUCGAGUGGAUAAAUGGUUUUGCACAGUUUGUGAACAAUGAUUAUCAAGUUCUGAGAAGAUUAAUUUUCACCCUUGCGAGUUCCUCUGCUUCGUACAACGUAAAGGAUCCAAAAAAGGAGAUCUCAAAAUCGAAUGGCAGGGCUUCUAUUACAUAUGACGAGAUCUGUCAGAAAUAUAAAAACAACAAAAAUUGGGUUGUGGAGUAUGACUCGACUGCAAUGCAGUACGUUGGAUACGACGGAAAAACUUGGGUUUCGUUUGAUGAGUACACUAGCAUCCAGACAAAAGUUGAUUACCUUUUCGACAUUGGAGGAGCAGGAUUACAUGCAUACGUUAAUUAUGGUGAUUAUAAUACUAAUUGUGGCUGUGAAAAGUUGCAUUAUUUGAGGGUGCUGUCAGAAAUGUUGAAGGGCGGUGAAUGCUCGAUUAAUUUAUGCAAAUGGUAUUAA